AGAAGGCUUGGUUUAUGAGCUAAGUGUUUUCGAUGUGGCAUGAAGCAACCCGAGCUUCAGGUUUGGGGAUGCUCCUGUGUCUAUUAGGUUCACCGAGCAUACCAUCUUUGUUGAGCUCACUUAAACCAAUGAGCUGAUCCAGAGGAAGAGUUUUCGGUUCUGCAAUCAUGACUGGCUUUUCGCACUUGCCAACACGAAUACUGAGUUACAAGAUAUGGUUGGCGAAGUUAGUUGUAUCAGAACAGCUUACAACAACAAAGAGACCCAUAGUACUCAAUGCCUUAUGGCAACUAUAAGGCUUGAUAGCAGCUUCUACAAAGACAGAUACCCCUGUAUAGAAAUGAGGAACAAAGAGUCGAGAGGGAACAUUUAAGAGGGUGAUUGAUCUUUUGGUUAGAGAGAGAGAAAUUAAAAGACAGAAGAUGCAGAAAGAGAGCGAUAACAAAAGACAUAGGUGCAAGCUCAUCACUCAAACUGCGAUGGCUUUCCUAGACUGUCUGAAUCUCAGACACUCAUCUUCUUCUUCAGACAUGGUGAAAGCUAAAGCAAGAAAUGAGGCAGAAGUAGCUUCAUCUGUCGAAACUUCUGCUAGGAGUCUAAACGUGUCGAGUAAAUUGACAAGGAAACCGCCGGUGAGCUCAGGGAAAAGAGGUGGAGUUAACAGCUACGACAUGUAGGAUGUAGCUACAAGUCUUUUUUUAACUUUGUCACGGUGUAAAAUAGGGUGAUCUUUGUGUACCAGUAACUCUAA